AGUAGGGAGUUGGAGUAAUUUAAGCAUAAGUUACGAGUGAAGAAGGGCGAAAAUUGAGCCAGGGAUGAGUAGUACGAGUGAUGUAAAAAAAGAAAAAACCAAACGGCUCUAAAUUUUUUUAGAGAAGAAGACGUUGAAUAUUUGAGGAAAAGGAAGGCAGGCAGUCGGUCAGUAGCGCGCUCUCUUUCAGUCUCUGAGUUUGGAGAAGCCUCACCAAUCAUCAUCGGUCACCAUGGACGACUUCCUCAUGAAUCUAAUUUGCCCUAAUUCUCCAUCCGUAUGGGAUGGAAAUCGGUUAUCCAAGUGUUUCAACAACAUGGUUUUAGGUUUCGGGGUGAAUGCCAUAACUCUUGUUAUGAUUUCUAUAAUUGGAAUUACUCACAGGAGUCCCCCAAGAAGCCGGAGGAUUACUCAGAUAAACAUGCUAGAAAGGUUGUUCUUGCAUUUCCUUCCUGCCUUUGGAGCAUGCUUGUCUCUUUUGGACGUGGUUUUAAUUUUAAUUAAAGCACUUCAUGGAGACUUCAUUGUUCAUCAUGAGUGGUUUUUCAAAUGUUCUCAGUUUGCAGUUUGGACAUCUAUCUUACUGUUCUCAAAGUCUUCCAACUAUCAUUACAUAUUUUGCAACUUGAUCCUAUGUUUUUGGUGGAUUGUGAAACCAAUAUUGGGCGUCAUCUAUCUCCUAGCAACGUUAUCUUCAUUGGGGAUUUUGAGAUGUCUUAAAGAGAGCUGUAUUGUUUUGUUGGAUAUCAUGUUUGGCUUAUCCAUUAACAUUAUCAGGAUAAAGCGGACAUCUUCCAGAAGCAGUUCAAUAGAAGAGUCACUUCUUUCCACUGACAAGGACCUAGAGGAAGGUUGUCAUAGGGAUUCUGGAAAUUCGCAAAGCUAUUGGGAUCUUAUGACAUUCAAAUCUAUCACUUCUGUGAUGAAUCAUGGUGUGACAAAGCAGCUUGACUUUGAAGAUUUGCUUCGUCUACCCGCUGAUAUGGAUCCACUUUCCUGUCAUAAUAGAUUGUUAAGCUGUUGGCAAGAUCAGCUGAUUAAAAAUUGCUCUAAUCCUUCAUUGUUUAAAGCAAUCUGUUCUGCAUAUGGGUGGCCGUAUGUUCGCUUAGGAUUAUUAAAGGUGCUUAAUGAUUGUAUUGGUUUUGCGGGACCAUUGCUUCUCAAUAAGCUGAUUCGAUUUCUUCAACAAGGUUCUGGGCAUUUAGAUGGCUAUGUUCUUGCAAUGUCCUUGGGGCUGACAUCUGUCCUUAAAUCCUUUUUUGAUACUCAAUACUCUUUCCACCUUUCCAAGCUGAAGCUAAAGCUACGGUCUGGUAUUAUGACUGUCAUCUACCAGAAGUGUCUACACAUCAACCUAGCAGAGCGAUCAAAAUUUUCUGAGGGGGAAAUUCAGACUUUCAUGUCCAUAGAUGCGGAUAGAACUGUCAACCUGUGUAACAGUUUCCAUGAUUUCUGGAGCUUGCCUUUGCAAAUUGGAGUGGCUUUGUAUCUUUUGUAUGUGCAAGUCAAAUUUGCUUUUGUCUCUGGAAUUGCAAUAACCAUCUUGCUGAUACCAGUGAAUAAAUGGAUAUCUAAAUUAAUUUUGAGUGCUACUGAAAAAAUGAUGAAGCAAAAGGAUGAGAGGAUAAGAAGGACGGAUGAACUUUUGACAUAUAUUCGGACUUUGAAGAUGUACGGCUGGGAGCUUCUUUUUUCUAGCUGGUUGAUGGAGACAAGAUCUUCAGAAGUGGCACACUUAAGUACUCGGAAGUACUUGGAUGCGUGGUGUGUAUUUUUUUGGGCGGCAACACCCGCUCUUUUCUCGCUGUUCACAUUUGGACUCUUCGCACUCAUGGGACAUCAACUUGAUGCUGCAACGGUCUUCACUUGUCUUGCUCUGUUUAACACCUUGAUAUCCCCCCUAAAUUCAUUCCCAUGGGUCAUUAAUGGACUCAUUGAUGCCGUUAUAUCUACCAGAAGGUUGAGCAGAUUUCUCUCUUGUUCUGAGCACAAAUAUGAAGUUGAACUGAUGGCUGAUUCUUCUUCACCAGAUUUAUUGAAUGAACAGUCUGCAGCCAUCUUUAAAGAUAUGUCUAUAGCUAUCCAUGAUGCAUGUUGUGCUUGGUCAUGCAGUAAUGAGAAAGAAUGGAAUAUGGUGUUGAAUCAUGUGACUCUAGAACUCCCAAAGGGUUCCUUUGUUGCAGUAAUUGGAGAGAUUGGUUCAGGUAAAUCGUCAUUGUUAAAUUCAAUUUUGGGAGAAAUGCACGUUCUACAUGGAUUAAUACAUUCAAGUGGAUCUAUAGCAUAUGUACCACAGGUACCAUGGAUUCUCUCUGGAACGGUACGUGAUAAUAUCUUGUUCGGAAAGAAUUAUGAUCCCAGAAGAUACUCAGAUACUUUACAGGCAUGUGCACUGGAUGUUGAUAUUUCGUUAAUGAUUGGAGGAGACAUGGCUUAUAUUGGAGAAAAAGGAGUGAACAUAUCAGGUGGACAGAGAGCUCGUCUUGCUUUGGCGAGGGCUAUUUAUCAUGGCUCCGAUAUUUUUAUGCUUGAUGAUGUCCUCAGUGCCAUCGAUGCUCAGGUUGCUCAGUGGAUUUUAUAUAAUGCCAUUCUGGGUCCUCUUAUGAAGCAAUGCACUCGUGUACUUUGUACCCAUAAUGUGCAGGCAAUAUCUUCUGCUGAUUUGGUUGUUUUGAUGGAAAAAGGGCAUGUGAAGUGGGUGGGAAGUUCAGCUGAUUUGUCAGUUUCUUCAUAUUCAGCAUUCUCUCCACUAAAUGAAUUUGAUACAUCUUUGCACAUUCAAAGACAAGAAUGCAGCAUGGCUGCUAAUACCGAAGGCAAACAAUCUCUCCUAGAAAAAAGCACUGCUCAUGUUUCAGAGGAAGCAGAAGAGAUCAUUGAAGUUGAGCUACGAAAAGAGGGCAGAGUUGAACUUACUGUAUACAAAAAUUGCCUGUGUUGCCGUAUUGUACCCGUACCUGUACCUGUGUUCAUGUCCGUGUCUGUGUAUCCUAGAAAUUAUGCAGCAUUUUCUGGUUGGAGUAUCACAGUUGUGAUAUGCUUGUCGGCAAUUUUAAUGCAAGCUUCUCGUAAUGGAAAUGAUCUGUGGCUGUCAUAUUGGGUUGAUACAACAGGAAGCAGUCAGACAGAAUACUCCAUCUCCUUUUAUCUGGUUAUACUUUUCAUCUUUUGUAUCAUAAACUCCUUUCUAACGUUGGUGAGGGCAUUCUCAUUUGCAUUUGGGGGCUUACGAGCUGCUGUUAAGGUGCAUAAUACACUGCUUCAUAAGCUUGUCAGUGCACCUGUCCAAUUUUUUGAUCAGACCCCAGCUGGAAGGAUAUUAAACAGGUUGUCUUCAGAUCUUUAUACAAUUGAUGACUCUCUUCCGUUUAUUCUCAACAUUCUCGUAGCCAACUUUGUUGGCUUACUGGGAAUUGCUAUAGUUUUGUCCUGUGUACAGGUCUUCUUCUUGCUUUUGCUAUUGCCAUUUUGGUACAUCUACAGCAAGCUUCAGUUCUUCUACAGGUCAACAUCACGAGAACUGCGGAGGCUGGACAGUGUUUCUCGUUCUCCUAUAUAUGCAUCCUUCACAGAGACACUCGAUGGGUCAUCAACUAUAAGGGCAUUCAAGUCAGAGGACUUUUUCUUGGCCACUUUCACUCAGCAUGUAUUGAUGUAUCAGCAAACUUCAUACUCAGAAUUAACCGCAAGUUUGUGGCUUUCCCUGCGCCUUCAGUUGUUAGCAGCAUCUAUCAUCUCAUUUGUUGCCCUGAUGGCUGUUAUUGGAUCUCAUCGUGGUUUACCAAUUAGUUUUGGCACCCCAGGACUGGUAGGAUUGGCUCUCUCCUAUGCAGCUCCACUUGUGUCUUUGUUGGGGAGCUUUUUAACAAGUUUUACUGAAACAGAGAAGGAAAUGGUUUCUGUUGAAAGAGCUCUUGAGUAUAUGGACAUUCCUCAAGAGGAAUUGCAUGGAUGCCAAACCUUAAAUCCAGAUUGGCCACAUCAAGGAGUAAUUGAAUUUCACAAUGUUACAUUGAGAUACUUGCCAUCUCUUCCGGCUGCACUUUGUGAUAUUAAUUUUACAGUUGGGGAGGGGAUGCAGGUUGGAAUCAUUGGAAGAACAGGUGCUGGAAAAUCUAGUGUCUUGAAUGCCCUUUUCCGUCUUACCCCAAUAUGUACAGGAUAUAUUUUGGUGGAUGGGAUAAACAUAGCUGAUGUUCCUGUUAGAGAACUCCGUACACAUUUUUCUGUUGUGCCUCAGAGUCCAUUCUUAUUUGAAGGUUCAGUGAGGGAUAAUCUAGAUCCAUUCCGGGUAAGCAAUGACUUCAAAAUUUGGGAGGUUCUGGAGAAAUGCCAUGUCAAGGAUGAUGUAGAAGCAGCUGGUGGGCUAGAUAUUCAUGUAAAGGGAGCUGGGACAUCAUUUUCUGUUGGGCAGCGGCAGCUACUUUGCCUUGCACGAGCACUUCUCAAGUCUACAAAGGUACUGUGUUUGGACGAGUGCACAGCUAGUGUUGACACUCAAACCGCUUCAGUAAUACAAAAUGCCAUAUCUACUGAAUGCAGAGGCAUGACAGUGAUCACAAUUGCUCACCGCAUUUCCAUGGUAUUGAACAUGGACAACAUCCUGAUUCUUGACCGUGGGAUCCUGGUUGAACAGGGUAACCCACAGGUUCUCCUACAAGAUAAGUUCUCGAGAUUUUCGGGUUUUGCUAAGGCUUCUACCAUGUGAAUACUCAACAAGUGCUAUCGAACUCAAGUGCUGACAACAUGCACUGUGAUAUUUUAGUUUAUAAUACGGAUCAAAUUUGUAUUGUAAAUUGGUUCAAAAUCGUUAAUGGAAUUGGGUCCCUUAUCAUUUGCAACGAGGAAAAGACAACAUUGGUUUGAAAGUGAUCACUUACCAAUUACGACCAUAGUAGUCACCUGAGAAUUCUAGUGAAUUUGUGCAUAAAUUUUAAGUGUUGUUUUCAGCUAGUCUGCUUAUUGUGUAAGUCAAGACCUGAAACAAUGUUAACUUGUUGACAAUCUUACUAAAUGCCUACAACCCUACAACAUGCUAAAUCGUUAUUUGA